AUGAAUAUGAUAAUGCUGGAAAAAACAUCGAACAUAUUCUCGUAUUCCCGGACAUCUAUUGCCAAAAUACUAUGUUUGAUAAUUUAUCGUGUAUUGUUUCUUUUAUUCGAUUUUCUGACAUUCAGCUACCACAAUACAAAUGGACUAAGCUUGCAAUUACCAUUGAACACCUCAAAUUCAUCAGCAUCACAAUCAAGCAAUCAGUCGUUGUAUACGGAAAGUUUAAUUAAUAACGACACAAAAACAUUCAGUGAUAAUAAUCUCGAAAUUAGUUAUUUAAAUCAAACUGAAGAAGCUGACGAAGAAUCUUUCGUUAAGGGUAGUGCUGGUGUCUGGGUAAUCAGUGUCAUGAGUGGCACCUGUUUACUAACAAUUGCAUUUAUUGUAAGAGGACUGUUUUCAAGAGCUGAAGCAUUUCACGAUCCACCAGAAAACUACCAUGGGGCAGAUUUAAACGGUGAUUUAAUGGGAGGUCAUGGGUUUAUUGGUGCUGGCGCUGGAGGAGCAGACAUGGGUUUCCUAACAACGGAUCUAGCGUGA